AUGGCAGACGACAGCGUACCACUCCCCUACCCCAACCUCAAAGUGCCGCAAUGGUCGUACCAGAUACAGCAGAUCCCUCGACUGGCAGAAGAGGCCAGCUCCUCCCUCUGGAAAGCUAUCGAAGCUGAUGAAAUGGCACCCUAUGUCUCCUACCUUCCCUCCGAGCUGGUCUCGUCGGACCGGUCCACCCUCGUCAGCUCUCUCAAGGAGAAGAAUGAGAAGUUCCUCGCCGAGAUAGAUACCAAGUUGAAGGAUGCCGAGGAGAACCUGGCGGAGAGUGAUGUGUCGGAGCAGUACAGACAACGGGCAAUGUACCUCUGCAGAAUAGGCGAUAAGGAACGCGCGAUUCCCGCCCUCGAUGUCGCCCUGGAGAAGACGGCCGGUCUCGGUGCGCGGAUAGACCUUGUCCUCGCCAAAGUCCGCAUCGGGCUGUUCUUCCAGGACAACUCGCUCAUCACCGCCAAUAUUGCCAAGGCAUUAGACCUGAUCGACACUGGUGGAGACUGGGACCGUCGGAAUCGGCUCAAGGUGUACCGCGCUCUCCACCACCUCUCCAUCCGCGAUUUCAAGGAGGCGUCGGAAUUGCUCAUCGACUCGCUUAGCACCUUCACCGCUUCAGAAUUGAUGGAGUACGAGGAGUUUGUGGCGGUGGCGGUUUUGGCGGCUGCGGUGGGAUGCGACCGGAAGGCCAUCAAAGCCAAAAUCCUCGGCAGCUCCGAAGUCAACUCGAUUCUCCCCCAACUCCCCGCGCUUUCCCUCCUGACCACCUCCCUCCAAAAGUCCGCGUACGCCGACUUCUUCUCGGCCCUCGCGGACGUCGAACAGCAAUACCUCCUCCCUUCUCCCCUCCUCGCCCCGCACGCACGCUUCUACGUCCGUGAAAUGCGAAUCAAGGCAUAUGCCCAGAUCCUAGAGUCGUAUCGCUCCCUCACGAUCGAGCGGAUGUGCCGGUCUUUCGGCGUGAGCGAGGCGUUUAUGGAUCGGGAUUUGAGCAAGUUUAUCGCGAGCGGGAGACUGCAGUGCAGGAUCGAUAAGGUCCAGGGUGUGAUUGUGACGAAUAGGUUGGAGAAGGUGGGCAAGACGGGGGUGUACGAGACGCUGGUGAAACAGGGGGAUGUCCUUUUGACCGAGAUCCAAAAACUGCAUCGUGUGGUCGGAUAG